AUGGGCAGACGUCACAACCCCGACAACCACCGGGGCCAUAGUCAUCCCAUAGCAAGCGUGCUGCUGCAAGAAUCUAUCAUGUCCGAUGGCCUACAGCAGGACGUCAUUGCCAAUAAUCGCCUCCUCGAAGCGCUCGACACGGCCUCAUUCGCUGUAUUUCACCAAGCCCAGCAAGAUGUUGAGGCAGCAUACCAGAAAAUUGGAUUUGGACAAUGGGGCUUGAUCUUUGCCAAGCCAGGACGCGGAUUUGUCGUCAAGGUUGCCCGUCCCUUCUUCUCCGAUGGGCUUUGGGAAGAUUUCUUGUCGCACCUGCGACUUUUCAAGGCUCUAUCCGCCCACAGCGAGUCCGAGUGCCGCAUUCCACGAGUCUUCUCGUAUGUCAGCAAGGAAAACGCAGGAUGGUGGGAUAUGAACAAGCUAUCUCUCCCGCCAAGCUCGGAAUUCCCUCUUCCCUCGGUGGCAUUGAUCACGGGACGUAUUCUUCCCCUCCCCAAGGCCAUUCGUCAUGCUCUGAUCGAUAAGUUUUGCCCGGAGGGAUUGCGGGAGGCCGCCAAAUCCUCACAGAUGAACAAAGACUGUGUCGCUCGUAUAUACCUCGGCUGCCGUCGCCGCUCGGAUGCUCUGCUCUCGCCUAAUUUCUCUCUACGGAAUUUCAAUUUCUGUCUGGAUCAAAUGCUCGAUCUCGGCCUCCCUGUCAAACAUUAUGCGAGGGCAAUGGCCGAGUGCCUCGCUAUUUUCCACUGGGAAGCUCAUAUAGAUGGGUAUGAUAUCGAGUUUGUCCUGGGAAGUGAGGUCGAGAUUUCAUACACGACCCACGUCACGCAAUCGCUCGGCUUGGACGUUGAGGAGCUAGAGAAAUUACCCAAACAAUCGGAUAUAGAAGUUUUGCGGCGUAUCGACUUCCAGAGACGUGCAACCCGUCUGUGGGUUCUGGACUUCAAUCUCUGUAACCGGUUUCCCAAAGAUGCCACCUUUCUCCUUGAGAAUGACCCCUAUUAUCCUUUGCCCCUUAUGGAGCUAGAUAUUGACAAACAACUCUAUAAAUCGGGUGGUCUGCAACAUCUUCCUGUAAAGUUCCUAGAUGCCUGCGUGAAGAGGGAGCAGGGAAACUGGAGCAGGGCCUAGGUCAUGGACAUAGGGAUUUGAAGGGAUAAGAUUCUCAGCCUCCGCUCUGUAGUAUUAGAUGAAGGAAUCCAUUAGUAGUGACCAGCCGAUUAUGCCCAACUCUAUACAAUUAUCAACAUCUAAGCCCAUUCGACUGAGCGUAGCUCCUGAGUUGAGAGUAGUUGAUGUGCCUCACCUCAACACGCCCAGGC